GCCAACGCGCAACCUUCGGAGAGCGCAGCGGUCAAUGUGAGUGAUACUAGUUACAGGUUGGCUCGAAGUGCAUGUGCAGACAACCUACAACUAUUUUGUUUGUAAGUUGGGGUUGUGUGCUUCUUUUUGAUGAUUGAAGGGGAACGCAGCCUUUAUGGGGCAGAGGAUUGUCGUGUAACCAAAACCUGCAAAUCAUAUGUAGCCCCUAUGUAUAGAGCUCUGUCAACUCUAUAUGCUCGUAGCAAAUAUAGCGGCGAAGGAGUCAAACUCCAGGUACCAUUGCCAACGCUGGACAGGUUCUUCCUAAGCGACGCCUCGAGAUGUCUUUGUAAAACACUCAACAUUCUAGGAGACGAGCCACUAUUUCGCAAUAUUUCUGAAACUAUUACUUGGCUUGCCAGCGACGCGUCCUACGACCUUGUGACAAGCUUUGCCCCGCGGCCUUCAAUCUGAACUCUUCUGUGACCAAAUAUAGCUGCACAUAGGCAUCUGAGCGCCGAGGCGCAGUCCAGCAGGACUUGUCAGCUUCGAGGCGCAAUGGGACGCGCGCUCCCGUUAGCUAUCGUGCCCUUGUAGGGACCUCCAGGGGCCGCUCAGCGGCCCAGGAGGACCAUGGGGCUAUUCGACUGCAUAUGCGGGCCGCGCGGUGGGGCGAAUGGUGUUCUGCCACUCGAGCCUUCCACGCCUCCGGGCUUGGACUCUUCCGGCAGGGAGCUGCUAGGCCAUGACCAUAUCAGUGGUGGGAAGCAGCCGCUGGCGGAGCGGAAGCAGCAGCUCGGCGAUUCCCCUGCUAUCGGACCAGGCCUGCUCUCCAGCACGGAAACCAGCCUCUCGCCAGCUUCUGGACACGCUGGAGGGUCAUAUCCUCACAGCAGGUCUCGCCAGCGGAGGCAGAGUAUGGAGGCAACGGAAGCUCUGAACACCACGUUGGAAAUGGCCCGGCAGCGGCGAUUGUCUAGCAACUGCUACGAGCAGACCUCCACGUCGGGGCAGUCUCAAAAAGGCUUCAUGAACUGGGGUUGGCUCAAGGGCUCAGGGAAGCAGUCGAAGCGCCUGGUGCCUGGUAACCAGGUCGCUGCGGAGCCGGUGCCUUCGAACCGCUUGCGAGCGGCCGGCCGCGAUGGCUCCAUCAACACUGCAGAGCUGUUGCAACGCCGCGGCUUCCCUGUGCACUACGCCAAGGACAUCCACAAAUCAGUUUCAACGUCCACGACGAAGCCGAUCGCGGUGCUGGGCUUGGAGCCCUCUAGCGACGGAGGGGGCGAGGGGGGAGGCGUGGCGAUGGAGGCAAAACCGUCCGCGGACGGCUCGCCGGACUCGUUGUCCCGUCGAAACCACAACAAGCUGUUCCCUCUCUACGUCAACGGCGUGGCGAAGUCUUAUUUCAAGAUUAGCGCCAGCCGGGACUAUGCUCAGGUGCUGCGACGUCUCCUUCGGAGGGACCCGCUGCUCACGUUCGCGCUGCAGAAGGCCAUCCGGAAUCUCUCGAUGGGCGACUGCAAGCCGGUCAGCCACGUCACUUCGGACCCCACGGGCGCGUCCGCGUCGCUCUACGGGCUGCGCAUUACGCCCUGCGUUUGGUCGGACACCAAUGGGCACAAGCUGCCGGCGCUAUUGCUGGAGCACAACGUUCCCUAUGACGCCUCCGACGUGAUGCCGCGCCUGCUGCGCGACUACGCGGUGCUGUCGCACGUCCCCUCCAUCCUCACGCUCAUCGACUUCAACGGACACGUCUUGUAUCAGAACGCCGCAAGCAUAGACUACUGUGGCGACCUCACCAGUCACAACGUGGAGACGGGCGACGGGAUGCUGGGCGUGCUCUUCCAGUAUGAGCCGCAGAUGCUGCAAGAAAUGUUGCAGGAGGUCAACGAGGGCAACUACUGGCAGCAGGUUGUCCGGGUGCCAUCGUCGCUGAAGCGGCACAUGAUAUUCGAGACGGAGAGCAGCUGGGGUCACGGCAGUCGCGGCCAUGACCGGAAGAAGCUCAACGUCGCGGUGUCUAAACGCUUCAUCCAGGAUGCGCUUGAACCGGAGUUCCAGCUGGAGAGCUUUACGACGCAGAACGCGCGUAGCCAGCGGAAUAACGCGAGGACUGGGCGGGCGGCGUUCCAGCAGCAGCCCAGCUUGAUGCGGCAAGAGAGCGCGCGGCACCCGCAGCGGCAGGACACGCGCGACAGCGGCGUGGCCAUUGCUGGGCCUGCAGCACUACCGGUGGGGCGGAUGGCUAGCAUUACGGGGGCGGCACCGCGGCUGGGCAGUCACACGCUCGGGCCGGGGGCGUCGCACGUGGUGUUCAACCUGCCCAACCAGUUGGAGGACGGGCACAGCAGCAACCACAUCACGCACGGCGGCUCGUUCUCCACGGGCAUCAGCAAAGCCAGUGCGCCCACGCAGCAUUCGCACCUGACGAAUCAGGGGCAGAACCGGCGCUUCAUGACGCUAAUGCAGUCGGCGGCGGAGCGGCAGCAGCAGCCCAGUUUCACCGGCUCGAUGAACAGCUUCCACACGGAGGGUGAGAAGCCGGACUCGCGGCAGGGCGGGCCGGUGCAGGAGGAGUGCUGGCACGACAUCUCGGCCAUCCCCCUUUUGGACCCGGUGCUGGACAAGCAGGUGAUCCUUUUGCUCCAAACGAACGUCACUGCGCGCGUGGAGCUGGAGAACCGCCUGGCGGAUCUGACGGACGCACAGCUUGGUAUGCUUGAGCAGCUGUUCCCACGGCACGUGAUUGAGUACAUGCUCUCUCACAAGCACGGCUACAAUUCGCGGAAUCUGACGCACUUGGCCAACCACCACGACGAUGUUAUCGUGCUGUUCACGGACGUGGUGGGCUUUACGUCGAUGAGCAAGGAGGUGGAGCCCAGCGAGGUGAUGCACUUCCUCAACGAGCUGUACACCAUUUUCGACGACCUCGUGGACCUGCACGACCUGUACAAACUGGACACCGUGGGCGACUGCUACAUCGUGGUGGCGGGCCUCACCAUGCAGGACGACGACGGCUUCACGUGCACGGUGCAGGGCGACAACGAGCAGCGGCUGCAGCACGCGCAGGUCAUGAUGGACUUUGCAAAAGCCAUCCUGCGCGAGUCGAAGCAGGUGCUCAUGCCGCACAAUCACGCGCCGGUGCAAAUCCGCAUCGGCAUCCACACGGGCAGCUUGGCGAGCGGGCUGGUCGGGCCGAAAAUGCCCAAAUUCACGCUGUUUGGCGACACCAUGAACACGGCUUCCCGCAUGGAGAGCACGUGCAAGCCAGGCUGCGUGCAGGUCUCGGAGCUGUUUGCGCAGCUGCUGCCGCUGGAGGACUGGGAGGACACGGGCGGUGUGGAGGUGAAAGGGAAGGGCCACAUGCAGACGUACCUGUGGACACCCAAGCCGGAGGACCUCAUUCCUCUCGGCGUGGGCCCGCGGCCGGCGCUGGGCGGGCCCGAGGACGACAGCUCGCUGGACGACGUGCAGGCGCCAGCGCCCAGCGCCAUCAGCAGCGCAGUCACCACCGCUCCAGACGACUCGGCGGCAGACCGGACGGAAAUUGACGGCACCACGCGCUCGACAGCAGCGUCGCCUGCGCGGCCCAAAUCUGGCCGCGCAUCGUACGCACGGCCGAAGAGCAGCCGGCCCAAGAGCAGCCGCUAUGUACGGCCAACGACCGCGCGGAUGCGGGAGAGCCAGAACGGUGGUGUGCACAGCCGGCCGAGCACAGCCAGCAGCCACGGCGGGCUCACGCGGGCGCCCUCGGCGCGCUUGGGCCGCUCGCUGUCGCGGCGAAACGUCAGCUUUCGCUUCCACGGCGGGGACGAGGGGGGCGAGGGGGACGAGGCGGGCGGCGCCGGCAGUACGCCGUUCAUGGCGAUCCUGAACGCAAUCCGCGGCAGCGGCACGGGCGAGGGCGACGAGGGCACGGACGACGAGCUGGAGGGCGUGCCGCGGCGGCAGCGGGAACCAUCGAUGCCGAUGCGGCGGCCCAGCAAUAACGUAAGCCUGAACGGUGGCGCGGGGCCGACAGGCAGCGGCUCGCUCAGUGGGCCCCAACUCUCGUUGACUGGCGGUCUGGCCAGCGGCAGCGGCGGCAGCCGACAGGGCACCCUAAGCGGCGGCCUGCAGCCGGGCAGCCGGGCUGGAACUGCCGGUGGCCCGUUGGCUAACUCAUCCGGCAGCGGCGCUCUGCAAGCGACCAGCAGCGGUUUAGGUGGCGGCGGGAGCCGGGUGGGUACGGCCAGCGGCGGGCAGCCUAGCGUUGUGCAGCACGUGGACCUAGAUGAGGCCAUGGACGUGCUCAAACCUAGCCCCUCCAACCGGCCAUCGGAUUCAUCCAAGCCGUUGAAGGCCGUGCGGCUGUCGCUGACGCCAGAAGCGGCGGGCGGGCCACCUCCGCGGCCAUCGCAGAACGGCGCGCCUGUGCGGACCGCCAAGUAAUGUGUCGCUGUCCAGCUCGAUUUGCAAUGGAUGUGGGCAUUCGUUGUUAGAGACGUAGCAGGUUGAGAGCAUUGAAUGCGUUGUGCAGUUUGGCUGGUGUCAGCCGGAUGUCGGUGUCCGUCUGUGGGCAGGAGUUGUGGACGGCUUGCUGCGAAGCAGGCGCGCCCUGCCCUGCGAAGUGUUGCUAGGAUGCAUAGGCAUUGGCACGGGGAUCGCACCAUGGCCUGCACACGCCUGUUGGCCGUUGGCACAGGUCAGUCCAUGAAGUAUUGUAGAGCCAUAGCGGUGAUGUUCUUGUGUACUGUUCCCAACUGCCGGUGGCUGUGCAUACGUAUGAUUUGGUUGAGAAACACGGACGAGUGGUGUUUGCUUACAUUGCAGGAGCGCCAGAUCGUGCGCGGCAACCCUGGUGAUCCUGUUCGUGUGAUUAUGCAGUUUUUGGCAACCGUCCGAUGACGGCGUGCAGCAGAAAAUGAAAAGGAAGUCCAGCUUCCGCGGGUGUGGUGUGAAUGCUAGGUAGAAGGACUGAGCGGCUAGUACUAAAGCCAGGGUACAGAUAGCGGAGCAGCAAACCUCUAGGCGAUGAUCAAGUAUGAGGCACUGGAUCAAUGGCUGACAAAGAAGAGGAUAAUGGAAGGCAGUGUAUAGGUAGGAGAAGAGUCUGGCAUGGUGACGCAUGUAGGUCAGGCAGAACAGAUCAGGCAAGCUCGUGGUGAUGGCAGUGAGGCAUAAGUCGAUACCGUAUGCAUGUGUCUAUGUGCGCGCGAGGAAGGCUGUAACGCUUCCUCUCUUGCGAUACGCGUCCAUGUCUUAAGGGGCACUUGUCUUGCACCUGAUACAAAGUGGACGCCUGCACUGCUGGAUUGCUGCAAUGCUGCCAUGACACGGUACUCUUGGGACUUGCACAGCGCUACACCACAUAUCUCACGUCCCCGGCCGGCCUCCAUACACCGGGGCUUCCUCUCACUCUGAGCCG